AUGGCGACGGAUUUAACACUGAACCGGGGGGUUGCUGUUCUGCAAGCAGCGCGUUCAGAGACCUCGCUUUUCAGCUCAUUCAUUUCCGCCUCUCCUGGAAUGCUGAACAAGCCUGCCGCAUUUCGCGCCAUCGCCCUCGCCAACACACCACGCGUCAGAAUCAUUGCGAGGGCCAGUCCGGGCCUGAGCUCCGACAACGAAUCAGACGGCCUUUCCGGCGGAUGCGGCGCAGGGAGCAGCAGCACUGGCAGCAGCUCUGGGCGUGCGUCCAGCCCGCAACGCUCCUCCAGCUUCUCCGGCGGAAGCGGUGGCGGCAGCGGGAACGCAGGUGCGCAGGGUGCGAAGGUGCUCCCCCCCGCUGCUCAUGGCAACGUCACCGGAGCGACAGUUGCGCUGGAGAAAGGCGCGCAGGAGGCGGAGGAUGUGGACGAGGCGACGCGGAGGCCUGUGUUGAGAGAUGGGGAGAUGCAACGGCGCCAGCAGCAGCAGCAGAAGAGGCGCGCAGCGGCGAAAGCGGAGGAGGAGGACGUGAGCGUUGAGGCUGGUGGUGACGUGGAGAAAUACAUUGCGACGUACAACCGAUGGGUCCGACUCGGCGGCAGGUUGGACAAAUGCGUGGGUCUUCUGGAGCAGAUGCAUCAGUACGCGCUCUUCGACCCCAACCAGAUCUACCACAACCUCUUCUUCUCCAUGUGCAAGUCGGAGCGCGCCGUGGCGUCCGCGUUCCGCUUCGUGGCGCUGCUGGAGUCGGCGGGCGCGGCGCAGCUCUCCACGUACAACCAGCUGCUCUCCGUCUGCUCGCACUGCGCCGACGUUACAUCGGCGCAGAAGGUGCUGCGCAUGGUGCAGGCGUCGCGGUGGCGGGCGGACACGGCGCUUUACACGGCGCUCAUUGCGGCGUGCUGCAAGUCCGCCAAGCUCGACCUCGCCUUCAAGGUGUAUCACGACAUGGAGGCGGCGGGCGUGGAGCCCAACGUGCGCACGUUUGGCACGCUCGUGGACGGCUGCGCCAAGCAGGGCCACGUCGCCAAGGCCUUUGGCGCCUACGGCAUCCUCAUCUCCAAGGGCCUGAAGCCGGACCGCGCAAUCUUCAACGCGCUGAUCACGGCGUGCGGGCGCGCGGGCUGCUGGGAGCGCGCGUUCGACGUGCUGGUGGACAUGCGCUCCGAGGGCCUCACCCCCGACCACGUCACCAUGGGCGCCGUGAUCGCCGCCUGCGCCAACUGCGGCCAGGUGGAGCGAGCAUUAGAGGUGUAUGAGGAGAUGCGCGCCGGUGGAGUGCGGCCGUCGCUAGAGGUCUUCACGGCUGCCGUGCACGCAUGCAGCCAGACCGGCGACCUGCCUCGCGCUCUCGCCAUCUACGAGCACCUCAAGCAACACAACAUCAAGCCCGACGAGAUCCUGUUCAGUGCGCUGAUCAACGUGGCGGCGCAUGCCAACAAGCCCGACGCGGCACUGGCGCUGCUGCAGGAGAUGCGGCGGGCACGCGUGCAGCCAGGCACCGUCACCUAUGCUGCCCUCAUGGGCAUGUACAACCGGCUGGGGCUGACCAACGAGGCAUCGCAACUGUACGCGGAGGUGAAGGCCAAGCGCCAGCAGUCCGCCAUGCUGCGCCCCUCCGUGCCCAUGUUCAACGCGCUCAUCACCUCGCUCUGCCAGCAGGGGUGUGUGGAGGAGGCGCUGUCAGCGCUGCAAGACAUGCGUGCCAUGGACCUCAAGCCUGACAAGACCACCUACGCCCUCCUCAUUGCCGCCUGCAGGGAGCGAAGCAUGGUGGAGCAGGCGUUCUCCCUGUACCACGAGGCGCAGGUGGAUGGCGCGCGCAUAGGCCAUGCCAUCUGCGAGAGCAUGAUUGAGAUAUGCAUGGAGCAGCACAGGACGGGGGCACCCAAGCCGUCCUUCUCCUUCGUCAUCGGCCAUCUCCCCAUGGCCUUUGACCUCCGCCACCCCGACAAUGACUGGGCGGAGUGUGGUCUGGCAGUGUACCGCCAGAGCGUGGCUUGUGGCGUCAUCCCCACUCUCAACCUCCUCUCCAAGCUCCUCUGGCUCCUACGCACACCACACUCCUCUAGCCCACGAACACCCCUCGCCACGUAUGCAGCAGCAGGAGAGACCAGCGGUGAAUCUGCCUCUCCUUUCUCCCACUCCUCAUCAUCAUCUUCAGCAGCAGCAGCAGCUCCAGCAGCAUCACCAGCACCACCUGCUUUUGCGUCUCGCCUGCCUCCGUCGCUUCCCUCGUCUGGUUUCGCGCUGAGCAGCAGCAGCAGCAGCAGCAGCAGCCACAGCAGCAGCCACAGCAGCGGCAGCUAUGAGUUCACUGUGCCAGAAACCGCAGCCAGCAACUUAGAGUCUGCUUCAGCAGCGGCGGCAGCAGGAGGAUCGGCUCGAAUCAGCAGCAGCAGCAGCAGCAGCGGUGGCAGCGGUGGCAGUGCUGGAAGUGCUACUUCACCGCUUGCAGACGUGUUUGACCUCUAUGAGCCGCUUGCUUACUCGCUGUAUGAGGAGGCGGAGGUGCUAGGAGCAGUGCCUGUUCUUUCCUCCACUGCUGGACCCAUCUCCCUGCGGUUCGCUGGAUACCCUCCAAACCUUGCAGAGGUGUGUGUGCUGGUGCUACUGCGAGGCCUGCUCAAGAAGUACCGAGCAAUGCCGGGCAUGAAGAUCUUCCCCAUCGCGCUGCACCUGCCAGUGGAGUCAGUGGAGGUUAGCCCUCUCAAGCGCAAGGGCACACACACACUCCAGUUAGCCUCCAGGACCUCCCAAGGAGUAGCAUCGCUGCUGCGUCGCCUGGGACUGCCGUACUUUGGCUACGAGUCUUCCGGUGUCCUUCGCAUCACAGCCAGUGCUGUCACACGCUGGCUGCGCCUGCGACCCCACGCCCCCACCUCUGUCCCUCUUGCAACAGUCACCGGUGAUGCUUCUUCCUCCUCCUCCCUUGCAGUGGCUCCUGGUUCCUCUCCGGCUUCUCCUUAUGGGUCUGUUCCUGCUGUGAAUCCCUUGGGUCUUCCUGUGGGUUCUGCUCGUGGUGGUUUGGGUUCGGGUAUUCUGCAGCAGCAGCGGGCGAUUCGCAUGCGCGGCGCGGCUGCCGCUGCUGUGAACCAGAUGCAGCAGCAGCAACAGCAGCAGCAGGCGCAGCAGCAGGCACGGCACCGGCAGCAGCAGCAGCAUCAGUGGGAUGAGUCCAGCGAGGAGGACGAGGAAGGGGAUGGAAGGGGCAGAAUGGGGAGGUAUGGAGCAGUAGCAGGGGCGCACAGGAUGACAGUGGGGGGAGCUGCUGUGAGGAAGCAGCUACAGCGGUGGUCUCCUGAUGCGCAGCUGUCUGGGAAGAAGUGGGAGAGGGCGUUUGCUGGGUGGGAGUCGGAUACUGAUGAGGACGAGGAGUUUAUCAUCAGGCAGGGGUUUAAGCACUAG